AUGGCUUCCGAACGCAGACUCCGUCGACUCUCUCAAGCCCAGCAACCAGGGACCAACAUGGCGCCAAAGCGAUCAGUCAGUAUACGCAGAGCUUACAACUACGUCUUCCGGCGAGAACGCUCGCCUGGAGACCCAAAUCCUGCCUCCGAAAAGGAUUCCGCCGUAUCGAAGGAGCCAGCAGAAUCAAGGAAGUCCACCUCACAGAAUCCGCCACAGACCCGGAUCGAGUAUCUCGAAAGACAACUCCAACAAUGUCGUGCAGACCUGGUCGAGGCCCGCGACCUGGCCGCAACCCAAGACAGCGACAUCGCCGACCUUCAGCAGAAGAUGCACGACCUAGAUGAAGAAUAUCAGCUGAAGCAGGAGGCUCUUCAUCAAGAAAAAGCCAGGAUCGAGGAAAAUAUGGUUUCGGUUGUGAUGGAACAAAUUAAGACAGCACGGAGCGAUGAGCGUGCCAGAGUCGAAGCUGAGAACAAGGCUUCAAGAGAUGCCCUCGAGCAAAAGUACAACGAUGCCCGUAACGAGGAGCGUGCUGCCAUUGAAGCAGAGAACAGGACUGCGAACAAGGCCUUCGAGGAGAAGUACAAAGCCCAGGUGGACAAGCACAAGUCGAGAGUCGCUAUAAUGCAGCAAGAGAUCGACAACGCCAGAGCUGCAAAGUCGGACACCGAAAACGAAGUGACGUCGUUACGUGCUGAGAUCGCCUCACUGAAAACAGAUCUGGAGGCCGCUAAGGCGGCAGUCGCUGAGAGCACCCAGACCUUACAAAAUCUCCAGCAAGCUUCCUCGUCGGCGCUGGAGGAGGCACAGAAGACGACUGAAGCCCUGAAGGCUGAUCAUAUGACUCAGAUUCAAACCCUGACGGAGAACCUCUCAACCGCGGAGUCAUCCGUCCAGGAACACACCCAGCUGUAUGAAGACCUUCAACGAAGCUCUGCUGCGUCCACCGAAACCGCUAGUAAAUCGCUAGCCGAGCUUAGGGAGCAGCUUGACACUCAAGCCGUUUCCCACACCAAUGAUCUGGCGAAGCUCAAGAGCGAUCUCGAGGCAGCAGUCGCCAGUAAAGGAGAGCUCGACUCAGCUAGGGCUGUCGUCGACACAGAGUUGGCUGAAGCUAAAGCUCAAAUCCUGGAGCUUACUGGGCGGCUUGAAGACUUGGAAGCCACCCGAGCUUCACUAGAAGAAUCCAAAGCCAGAAUUGCUCAAUUAGAGACGGACAUCGAGGAAUUGUCCGUUGCAAAGACUGCCCUCGAAGCGGGAGAGGCACAGCAUGCCAAAGAUGCCCAAGAACUGGCUGCAUUACAGGACAAGUCUCAAUCGUCCGAGUCCAAGAUUGCAGAACUCACAGUCCAAGUCCAGGGUCUAAAGGCUGUUGAGGAGCAGUUGCAGAAAGCGGACGCCCAAAUUGGCGACCUGAAGACUGAGCUUGAAACCGCCCAGUCUGGAAAUACGGAGCUGGAGACCAUGAAAGCAGGCCAUGUGAGUCUAUCGGCCGAACUUGAAGCUCUCCAGCAAAAGUUGAAGACAGCCGAGGAAUCGCUUAAUGCCGCAACCGAAGCCCAAAAUGCUGCUGAAUCGCAGACUGCCGCUGCUAACCAAGCUCAAGCUGCCGCCGAGGCGCAGGCCUCAUUGGCCAAAGGCGAGCAUGAGUCAUUGAGGGCCGAGCUGGAAAAGCAAGUCGCCGAUGCGAGAUCAGCACAGGCCGCGUCUGAUGAAGCUCUUCUCCAAGCCAAAGCGGAGAUCGCGGCUGUCUCAAACAGUGAUCUGACGGCUGAGCUCGAGGAGAAACUUAGAUUGGCAGGCGAGGCUCAGCGAAGCGCCGAGACAGCGUUGACUAAGUCCCAGGCUACGGCCGACGCGGCCGCCACUGAGGCAGCUGCCCGUUUCAAAGCUUUGGAGGAGGAGCUGGAGACGACGAAGAGCUCCGGUUCCGCGGCCGCUGAGCAGCUCAAGGCCAAAGAAAGUGACAUCAAGGUCGCCGUGGCCACCGCUGAUGAGACCGAAGCUCAGCUCCAGGAGGCUCUAGCUGAGCUCGAAUCGGUAAAAUCCAAGGCUGCCGCCAGUUCUCAAGCCACGGAUGACAAGGCUGCAGAGACCGAAGCGAAGCUCCAAGAGACACUCGCGGAGCUGGCCGUCGUCAAGGAACAGGCCCAAACUAACUCCGACGGUGCGUUGCUCAAGGCUGAGCAGACCGAGGGGAAGCUGCAGGAGGCUCUAGUUGAGCUCGAGGAAUUGAAGGUCAAGGAUGCAGCCAAUUCUCAAGCUAUGGCUGACAAAGCUGAAAAUACCGAAGUGAAGCUCCAGGAGACGCUCGCUGAGUUGGCGGCUGUGAAAGAAGCAGCCGAAACUAAGGCUGAACAGACUGAUAUGAAGUUGCAGGAGGCUCUUGCUGAGAUCCAGUCAUUAAAGGAAAAGGAGCAAGCCAAUGGCGAAGCCGCCGCGGCCAAAUUCACCGAGAACGAGACGAAACUUCAGGAGAAGCUCGCCGAGAUCGAGGCCGCGAAGGACAAGGCCACCGCCGAAUGCGAAGCCGCUGUGGCCCGAACCGGAGAGGCCGAUGAGAAGCUUCAGCAGACCCUUGCUGAACUCGAGGCUGUGAAGGCAAAGGCCAAAGCCGACUCUGAAAUAGUCCCUUCUAACGUGGAAGCCGACGACACGGCCGCUGCCAACACCGAAGAGCUCAAGGCUUUGCAAGCGCAAAUGACAGCCAAGGACUCCGAGAUUGAGGAGCUCAAGGCCUGGAAGAUCAAGAUGGAAGUCGAGCUAGAAAAUCUCAUGAAGUCACCCGCCUCAGAGAAGACCUUUGUAUCCCAAAGCAAAGCCGACGACACGCCACCUGUCACUCCCGCGGCCGAGGCCGACCCGGAUGACAUCUGGGAUAAUGCACCUAAGAAGGGCAAGAAGGGGAAGAAGAACCGCAACAAAAGCGUUUCUGCCGCGCCCGAAUAG